GUCUAUUUAUUUUAAUUAACCUGUCUGUGUCCAUAAACUGUGAGCUCCGCCGGGACCUGCUCUCUGCUAUGUCCUCAGUAUCAACAGUGGUCUAGGAUCACAGCAGGCUUUCAUCAAAUAUUUAUGGGAAACAGUCCAGUCCAUUCCUGAACUCGGGUUCAGAAAAGGAUAGCGACCUGUCCAAAAUCACACAGGUUAGCGGUAGACUUGAUCCCAAGUCUCCUAACUGGCAACCCAAGACUCUAUCCCUGGAACUGGCAAGAAUCUUUCUAAACUACCCCCCCGAUAAAAUUUUGAGUGCCAAAGAAAGUCUCAGAAAGGGAGGGAGUGAGCAGUGUGGAGAGUAGGAAGAAAGUGAUUUGACUUGGCCCCUUCUCUCUUAACGUUAAUGCGAGCUUACUGCAAACUGAGGGACUAUAGCAAUAACGACGUGACAGGGCGACUACACUGCGUGAACCAAUGACCCGGCAGCCAUGAAAACAGGCCAGGGAGGGGAGCGGGGAGGAGAGUGGAGACCCUGCGCAGGCGCAGUCGAGGCGCUCAGCUCCUUUCUCCUCUGCCCCGCCCUAUCUCUCCCUAAUCACAGAAGUCCAAGAGCGGUCAGCUGAUGCUACGCUGCGCGGCCACGUGACAACAGGGAGGGGCGAAGCGCAGGCGCAAGGAGCAGGCGCAGAUGGUGGGCGGCUGUGUCAGCUGACCCAAGGGGCCUUCGAGGUGCUUUAGGCGGCUUGCCUUGGUCUCAGAAUCGCUGCCGCCAUGGCUAGUCAGUCGCAGGGGAUCCAGCAGCUGCUGCAGGCCGAGAAGCGGGCAGCCGAGAAGGUGUCCGAGGCCCGUAAAAGAAAGAACCGGAGGCUGAAGCAGGCCAAAGAAGAAGCUCAGGCUGAAAUCGAACAGUACCGCCUGCAGAGGGAGAAAGAAUUCAAGGCCAAGGAAGCUGCGGCACUGGGAUCCCAUGGCAGUUGCAGCACUGAAGUGGAGAAGGAGACCCAGGAGAAGAUGACCAUCCUCCAGACCUACUUCCGGCAGAACAGGGAUGAAGUCUUGGAUAACCUCUUGGCUUUUGUCUGUGACAUUCGGCCAGAAAUCCAUGAAAACUACCGCAUAAAUGGAUAGAAGAAGAGAGAAGCACCUGUUCUGUGGAGUGGCAUUUUAGAUGCCCUCAUGAAUAUGAAGCUUUAGCACAGCUCUAGUUACAUUCUUAUGAAAUGGCAUUAAAUUAUUUCCAUAUAUUAUAUAGUAGGUCCUUCCACUUUUUGGGCAGUAGCAAAUCUAGCUUUUUUGUACAGACUUAGAAAUUAUCUAAAGAUUUCAUCUUUUUACCUCAUAUUUCUUAGGAAUUUAAUGGGUAUAUGUUGUCUUUUUGGCAAGGUAUAUAUGCCUUUUGGCUCAAGCAACAUGUAUAUCACUGUUGACUUUUUCUUUCUUAGAUCUAGUUUUAAAAAAAAACACCACAUAACCAUUCUUUGAAGAAAGGAAGGGAUUAAAUAUUUUUUUCCCUAACACUUUCUUGAAGGUCAGGGGCUUUAUCUAUGAAAAAGUAGUAAAUAGUUCUUUGUAACCUGUGUGAAGCAGCAGCCAGCCUUAAUGUAGUCCAUUCUUGCUAAUGGUUAGAACAGUGAAUACUAGUAGAAUUAUUUGGGCUGCUUUUAGUUUCUCUUAAUCAAAAUUACUAGAUGAUAGAAUUCAAGAACUUGUUACAUGUUAUUACUUGGUGUAUCAGUAAUCAUUUAAAAGUAAAGACUCUGUCAUGCA